CCUGAAUUAAUCUUUGCAGUAACAGUAACUCUGGCAAAUCCUUGGUGGACAGGUCAGGGAGGGUUAUCUGGGGUUGACCCAGGAACCCAUUCACCUGGCCUAAGCAAACGCCACACCGACCUUGCAAUCAAUGAAACCAGUGGUGUCCAUAAUAUAGAAGAAGAUGAAGACAAUAGAGAUGAACCGAGAGAGGGUGCAGUUGAGGUUGGAACCCGCAGACCGAGAGGAAGACCUCCCGGAUCCAAAAACAAGCCAAAACCACCCAUUUUUGUAACAAGGGACAGUCCAAACGCCCUGAGGAGCCAUGUGAUGGAGAUAACCGGAGGAGCUGAUGUUGCCGAAAGUGUAGCCCAAUUUGCAAGAAGGCGUCAGCGUGGGGUUUGUGUGCUCAGUGGGAGUGGCUCAGUGGCCAAUGUUACUCUUAGACAACCUGCGGCUCCUGGAGCUGUGGUGGCACUUCAUGGGAGGUUUGAGAUUUUGUCCCUCACCGGGACUUUCUUACCUGGUCCUGCUCCUCCGGGAUCUACAGGACUCACGGUGUAUCUUGCUGGAGGACAGGGCCAAGUACUAGGAGGGAGUGUGGUUGGGCCUCUAGUUGCGACAGGACCAGUGAUGGUGAUUGCUGCAACUUUUUCUAAUGCAACAUAUGAGAGACUUCCACUCGAUGAAGAUGAUGAAGGGCCUAGUUCCGCCGCUGCGGUACAAGGAGGAGGAUCGCCACCACCGCCACUUGGAAUUGGAAGCGGUGGGGGUGCGCAGUUGCAGGGUGGGAUCCCAGAUCCAUCAUCUUUGCCUUUGUAUAAUCUUCCACCAAAUGGAGGAGUGGGUCAAGUGGGGCACGAAGCCCUUGCUUGGGCUCAUGGACGAGCACCUUUCUGAAUUGCAAAAAGUGGUAGAAGAGUUGCAUCUAAUAAUCAAAUUUAACCUGCUUAUUGUAUUCAUCUUGUGCUGUAUUUUGAAGGCUAGGAAUCGGAAGAAUUGCAAGGUUAGAGUACUAAUUAUAUAUAUAU